UCUAAAGAAGAAGAAGAAGAAGACGACGGGCGGUCUUGUUUUUAUCGGUAGUCGCACGCAGCGUCUCUGCUGUGAUAAUGCGCAUCGAAAAAUGUUAUUUCUGCUCGGGACCAGUGUACCCCGGGCAUGGGGUGAUGUUUGUACGAAACGACUGCAAGUCAUUUAGAUUCUGCAGAUCAAAAUGCCACAAGAACUUCAAGAAGAAGCGUAACCCAAGAAAAACAAGAUGGACCAAGGCAUUCAGAAAGGCAUCAGGAAAGGAGCUGACAGUGGAUAACGCGUUGGAGUUUGAGAAACGUAGAAAUAUACCUGUUAAAUAUAACAGGAAUCUGUGGGACAAGACAGUGGAAGCAAUGAAGAGGGUGGAAGAAAUAAAACAGAAACGACAGGCAAGAUUUAUCAUGAACAGACUAAAGAAGGGCAAACAGUUGGAGAAGGAAGAGGCCAUCACGGAAGUGAAGAAAAAUAUUCACCUUAUCAAAGCACCGCAUGCAGGAAAGGCCAAACAAUUGGAAGCCAAAAUGGUGCAGAAGUUACAAGAGGACGUGGACAUGGGGGAUGAUAACUAAUCUUAUACCCAAGGAGUUUUGUUUGUGUGAUGACUUUCGUGAGCAAGUUGGCCUCAUACUAUAUUGUACUUCUGUUCUGGAAUAAAAUUUCUAAAUGGAUGAUGAUGGACACAGUAAUGCAUUUAGUUAAAAGCAUUGAUCUAAUAAAGAUCUGCCUCCAAAGCAGCAGCGAUUAUCCACAUAUCUCCCAGCUAUUUUUUUUUUUCCUGUGUAAAGAAUUUACUCUAUCCUGUUGCAUAGUAAACUGUAUUACAGUAAUGCAGAACAUGUUAAAAGGUAACCAACAAAAAAGUAAUAAACGUAUUGUGGGUGAU